CUGCGAGUGAGCCUCGAGUGAUCUGAGCUGCUGGUGCGUGUUCUGCAGGAGGGUCAUUCAUCUUGUCAGAUAGUCUUACUGAAGACACUCAAGACAGAUAACUUGACCUCUGUGUACCUUAAUUUAUCUGUUCUUAGAAGUGGGGAACAUUUAUGCUAUUUCUUGAGUGAUUUAAAAUGAGAACUAUUCUGAAUUUUAAAAAAUUCUUGGUUGUUUUACUACUGUAUUAAAUUCCAUAUUGCACCAAGAAACAUGGUGCUGAAUGGCCUUUAAAAACAAGGUAAUGUGGAAACCAAUCCAGAUGAAAUACCUUUGUGCUUAUUGUAGAUAUUGAGUAUUUAUUGAGGAAAACUGAACGUUGGCAGGGAAGGACGUGCAGCUGCAGUGCAGCUUUUACUGUGCUGCCUGCGAGAGCAAAAUAAAUGUGUUGGGUAUAUAUGGGCUGUGGAGGUGCUCAGGAGGGUAUGUGGCUGGUUUUCCCCCAAAACUUCCUGCAGCGAGGAAUGUUUCACUGCCCUGCAGAAACGCAGACUAAUAGAUGUGUAAGAUGAAUGAUUGUGUCUGAACUGUGCUCCUCGAGGCCCCAUCUCCUGUUUUUUCUUUGCAUGCUUCUCUGUCAGCGGAUUGUCAAGCCUUCAGUUAAUGCAUCACUUGCAGCUCCUUUCACCCCACUCCCUCCCUUCAGCCCUGCCAGCUCCUUUCCCAUCCUGGGCAGGAGCUGCCGGGGCAGUGCUCAGCCAGAGCACAGACACAGUGAUCCUGUCCUUCAGGCGCUCAGCCAGAGCACACACACAGUGAUCCUGUCCAUCCUGUCCGUAGGUGCUCAGCCAGAGCACAGACACAGUGAUCCUAUCCAUCCUGUCCAUCCUGUCCAUCCUGUCCGUAGGUGCUCAGCCAGAGCACAGACACAGUGAUCCUNUCCAUCCUGUCCAUCCUGUCCAUCCUGUCCGUAGGUGCUCAGCCAGAGCACAGACACAGUGAUCCUGUCCAUCCUGUCCAUCCUGUCCGUAGGUGCUCAGAGCACAGACACAGUGAUCCUGUCCAUAGGUGCUCAGCCAGAGCAUACACACAGUGAUCCUGUCCAUCCUGUCCAUGGCUCCUUUCCUGCUGGCAGAGCUCAGCCGGGGCAGGGAUGGAAUGCUGAGCUCCCCCAGCUGUGCCUGCCAGCACCGUUCCCUUUGCCACGGGCAUCACACAGGACCAAGGAGAGUAAUCCUGAAUUACCAGGGGAACUGCACAGUUUAUUUGACAUUUACCUGUUACCUGGAAGCUUGGAAGAAAGAUUCCCCCACAUGUUCACUGAGGAUUUUGUGGCCAUGUGUUUGCUGUAGCCUCUUGGUGUAUUGACUAGGCCUUUGGCCACCAAACAGUGUUUAAAGCUACAUUUUUCUGUGAAAAUGAAACACUAUGCUGGACAGAGAAACAUGAAUACACAACCUUAUUACAAUUUCUUCCCACUACUGGUAAUUUCUGAUGAAAGCUCCUGCCCUAUAACAGCAGAAUUGCUGUUGUAUUAACUGACACACUGAGCAGUGAAGAAAUACUGUGGUUAUAUUCAGCUCUGGGCACUGGUGUCACCUUUCUCUUGCCCAGGAGUACUUAUAGAUUUCAGUUUCACUGCCUCCCAAUCUUUUAUAUUUAUUGUCUUUACGGUCAUCCUGUGCAAAACAUGGGAUAUUCAUUAGAGAUGCUCAUGAGGGGUUCCUCAGAUGAAGUUCAUGAAGUCUCAUACUUUAACUGAAGUCUGAUUUGUAAAAUUAACUUAUUUCUAAAAGUAUUUCAACAACCUGGACCAAUCUUCCUUCUUUUCAAUCACAAUUGUGGUCUGAUAUUGCUGUGAGUGGGUAAAUUAUUCUCUCUCUGGUCCUGCAUCCUCACAUUAUACUGAGGAGCCCUUAAGAGCAUCUAGAAACAUCUGAGUACAAUUUCAGAGAGAAUGGGCUAGAAGAGCAAAGCCUUAUUGGAAAUUCAGAUGUGGGACUGGUAUUAGAGCAUAUUGUGUUUUGAAAAAACUCCAUCCUUUCUCCAGUGGGAUGCCUUGCAUUCAUAGUACUUGAACGUUCAGGUAUUUUACUGGCUCAGUGUGGGCAAAGUUGUCAUUUCCUGGUGCUCUGCUUGUCCUGUGGCACAGCACCAGAGCUGUGCAUCUGGCUGAGGAGGCAGAGUGUCCUCUGGGCUCUACAGGAAGGACCUAACCCAAGCAGAAAACUCAUGAUGUUCGGGUUAUUAUGGUGCAGCCACAUUGGAGGCUGAGGCUCUAAAUGCCAUGUGUGCUGAGAGAGGUGCUAGGUCUGAAGAAAAGGAGUGUGACUGGAGCAGCACUUCCAGCAGGAAGCUGGAGACAGAGGGGAGCACAGCACAGCUCAGAGCUGCCACUGUGGCCUCAAGGCCAGCACAAGCCCGAGGAGUCUGGGGCCAGCAGCCAAGAUUGGUUCCACUCCCAGAAAAGUCAACGAAACCCCUUUGAAGUGCAAUGACCUCAUGCUCUGCUGCAUGCUGAGUGGCUUGCCAGCUUUGCUGUUAAUCGCAGGGGUUUAUCCCACAAACAAUCAAUGGAGCACAGAGUUACAGCACUUCUGUGAGGCUGGGCAGGGGAGCCUGCGACUGAAAGAGGCUGAAACAGCCAUCUGUGGGCAGGAUCUCUCUUGGCUUCAGAGUCUGACUGCUCUGGGAGCUACCCACACAUUCUCCUGUUUAAUCAAUCCGUUCCUGUGGUGCCAUUCUCAACAUCAGCUAUUGUCAUCCCUUACUGAGAGGAGAGAAGAGGAGCUAGAAUUUGUCGAGGACUUCAAGACCUGAGUUGUCACCAGGGCUUUUUAUGUGACAAGCAGAGCAAAUACAGAAACAAUCUCCAGACAUGUUCUGCAGAUAUUUUUCCUUCUUUGGUCUGUGUCUUUUCCUUCCAACUCAAAGGAGUUCUCUGGGUCAUGGAUCCAGCUUGCAUGGCAGGGGCACCACGUCCCUCCCUGGAUUUGAGAACCUCACCAUGGGGUACAACAAAUACCUGCGGCCCUACUUUGGUGGAGAACCUGUGCAAAUUGCAAUGAGUCUGGACAUUGCAAGUAUUUCUAGUAUAUCUGAGAGUGACAUGGAUUUCACAGCCACCAUCUCCCUGCGGCAGCGCUGGACGGACCCGCGGCUGGUGUUCCACGGCAACAGGAGCUUCACGCUGGAUGCUCGCCUGGUGGAGCUGCUCUGGGUGCCAGAUACCUACAUUGUGGAGUCAAAGAGGUCUUUCCUGCACGACGUCACUGUGGGCAACCGCCUCGUCAGGCUGUUCUCUAAUGGCACUGUCUUGUAUGCCUUAAGAAUCACUACUACUGUUGCCUGUAACAUGGACCUGUCAAAAUACCCUAUGGACACCCAAACAUGCCGACUGCAGCUAGAAAGCUGGGGCUACGAUGAGAACGAUGUCACCUUCACCUGGCUGAGGGGGAACAGCUCCGUGCACGGCCUGGAGAAGCUGCGGCUCUCCCAGUACACGGUGCAGCGCUACCACACCCUGGUCUCCAGGUCACAGCAGGAGACAGGCAGUUACCCACGACUGAUACUACAGUUUGAACUGAGAAGAAAUGUCCUUUACUUCAUAUUGGAGACCUAUGUGCCCUCCACUUUGCUUGUCAUGUUGUCCUGGGUUUCUUUUUGGAUCACACUGGACUCAGUGCCUGCAAGAACCUGCAUUGGAGUUACAACAGUGCUUUCUAUGACAACUCUGAUGAUCGGCUCACGAAGUUCACUUUCAAAAACCAACUGUUUCAUUAAGGCCAUUGAUGUUUAUCUUGGCAUCUGCUUCAGCUUCAUCUUUGGUGCCCUUGUGGAAUAUGCAGUGGCUCACUACAGCUCCUCACAGAAAUGUGCAGCUAAAGUCCCAGAAGAGGGGCCUGCAAAUGAAGUGACUGAAGAAAUGGAAGAAGUUAACAUCACCAACAUCCUCAAAAAUUCCAUCACCAGCUAUAAACAAAAAAUCAGCUUCACAAGCAUUGAGAUUUCCAGUGAUAAUGUUAACUGCAGUGACUUGACCAUGAAAAAUCAUGAGAAAAUCAAAUGUGUCUUGAGGAACAAAAUGCACAGGAUCAUUGGUUAUUUCACAAUUCAGAACCCUGGCAAUGUGGACCACUACUCCAAAUUGCUUUUCCCUUUGUUUUUCAUGGUGGUCAAUGUGUUUUACUGGGCUUAUUAUCUAUAUUUUUAGUAGAAAUUAGUUGCUUCAUUCUCCUACUUCAGCAGAAGAGGAAUUGUGCCAGUGGGCAUCCAGGUACCUAACCUCAGUGAAUUCAAUGUGGACAAAAAGCUUCCUUGUGUUUCCUGAGGUACCCAGCAGAAGUGUGUGAGGUGUGCAUGCAUCAGCAGCACUGACUCUGACAGCAGCUCUUCAGCUGAGUGGCUGUGCUGGGCUCUUCUGCUCAUAGCUGCAUUUCAUACCACACCUCACCAGGCUGGAGAUGGGUGUGCAGGACUGCACUGCAGCUGCAGAGCACUACAGGUGGCAGAAUUAUUUUGGUAGCUUGGAGCAGGUUGGAACCUUCAAGAUGAGAUGUCCCAGAGGAUGAAUAGGAUCAUGACUGUUGUUCUUUGUUUGCCAGAGAGAACAGAGGGACUGUGAUUGCCUCCUCAAUAGCUGCUCUGUUGCAGUGAGAGCCCUGAGGCAGCAGCAGGAGCUCAGUGCAGUGCAGCACAGUGGGAUGCUUCUGUGCAUGGUGCUGCUCUGUCCUGGAUGGUGCAGUGCCAGGAUGGUGAUUCAGUACUGCACAGUGGUGCCUCACUGCUUUUAACCUGUAACUCACUGAGGUAACCCUCACUUGCUGAAGUUGAGACAUAUGGAGGGUUGUUGUUUGCCGAGCUGCAUUUUUUCAGAGAUCUGGAAACAUGAAAUAGAGGCAACAAAAUAAUUUUGUAACCCAUCUCUUAUACUCUUCCUGCUGCACUGCAUGUGAACAGAUUCUACCACUUUCCACGUCUUCCUCACAAAUUAUUUUCUGUCUUGGAGAAUCCUUCAGCCUUCACUGCUACAAGCAGCUCUCACUCCUUGGCAGCCACAGGCACAAGCAGCCAUUUGUCAUCCCCUCCUUUACAUGGCUGUGCAGCUGUGGCAAGCCAGCAGUGCUGCUGGGUGUGAAACGUGCAUGGGUUUGGGGCAGACUCGUCUAAAUCACCCUUUCACUCUCUCACUUUCAAUUUUAGGCUGAAACACUGAUACUUUUUUGAGAAAAAUCAUAUUCUAAGUGGGCUCUGGAAACUACCUGAAGUCAGCUUUAUUUAUCCUGCAAUCAGCAGAAGCCAAAGUUUUCUUUUGAAGACAAAUGAAAUGCGGCCACACAGUUACAUUAAAGAACCAAAUGCUAUUUGGUACUGUGUAGCUUAAGAAUACUGGAAGUCUUUAUUUGCUGUUUGUAAAAUGAAUGUUUCAUGGCAGACUCCCCGACCUGGCACCCUUUUUUGGUCUGUGCUGCUCUCAUCCCUGAGAGGGGGCAAUGCUGCAGUUCUGUGGGCAGAGUUGGGACUGCCUGCAGUGGCUCCACUCAGCAGAGCUCUGGCUGGGUGAGGCCUCUCAGUUUGUAGCUUGUGUUAGAGCCUCAGCAUACAGUGUUUGCUUAGCUUAAGGAUCUCUUCUUGGGGGUUCCUAGAGAAGGUGAACAGAGCACAUGAGACUAUAGAUUUUUUACUUUAAUAACUUUUAUUGAACCACUUCACCACGCUGUACUUUGAGAGGUCUAACCCACCUAUUCAUAAAUCAUCACUUUAACAAAGAGCAGCACAAGAAGACAGAGGGGAACAGGCUGACAAUGGCAAGUGAAUAAACACAAACUCCAAUAAUGAAGUGUUGGCUUGUAUAUACUGGCAUUUGAAGUCCAUUCCAUAAAAUGUAAUAAAGUGAAUGUUUGUGAUAUGAACACAACCCCUCAGAGAGAUUCUCUACCAAAAGAAAAAAUCAUCUCUUCUCUCUCUUGGUUUCUUUCUUUAAAACCCAACUAAAAUGUCCUCAUGUGUUUUACACUAGUCACCAAAUAUUAAUGUUAACAAAAGGAAUUUAAUUGUACAAAGCCCUCCAAGAUGAUCGAGUCCAGCUGUUCCCCCAGCCCUGCCAAGGCCACCACUAGCCCCUGUUCCUAAGUGCCACAUCCACAUGGCUUCUAAAUCCCUCCAGGGAUGGGUACUCCACCCCUGCCCUGGGCAGUCUGUUCCAAUGCCACCACCUUUCCGUGAAGAAAUUUUCUAUAAAUUCCACCCUGAGCCUGCCCUGGCCCAGCCUGAGGCUGUUCCCUCUG